CAGAUGUUAAACUACCUUAAAAACUGAAAAAUACCAUCGAUGGCUACACUGAUGAAAACAGUGAUAAAAUUUUGAUAAACAAAAAGUGAUACAUUUUUUGACCAGAGAAGCGGGAAAAACUCAAUUUAUCAUCGUUCUGUUCCAUCUGCCUGCUCGCUGGAUCCUUUUGGCCAAAAUACAUUCAAUUCGAGCAUUUUUUUCACCUUUCACGUCGGAAAUUAGAUGAUUUACUAUAAGUACAGUCUAAAAUUUGGUUAGCUUGCUCGAGAAGACACUAAUGAACAUCUGGAGCUGUGAGAUGCCACCGUAAUAUUGACCGAUUCGUUUAAUUAAAUGGUGAAUUAAAUCGAGCAAAAUGUCAAGAGGGCAGCCGAGUAAAAAAAUACGCCUAGAUCGAGAGAUCGCUACAACUUCCCGCAAUCAAAAAAACGAUGACGAAUUAUGGGGUGAUGAUGAUUUGUGUUUGGAUGAUGAUGUUAUGCAACAGAUCGAAUCACAGGCCCUAUCUCAGUUUCAGAUGUCCAGACCGAUUCAAACGCAGAAUUUUUCAGCCCAUCCUCAACGUACGAAUAAUUACGAAGAACUUGAACAAAAGCUACAAACGAAGCAAGGAGAAGUAACGAAUUUACGAAUGGAAAACAGCAGAAUUACCAAAGAAUUCAAAAAUCAACUGGACGCUAAAAAUGAACUGAUAGAAAAUCUCAACAAACAGUUACGAGGCAAACAGACUGAACUGGAAUUUCAAAAAGCUGAAAUGAAAUCUCAAAUAUGCAGAACACCCAGAUCAUCAAAGGUGCAGCAAAAAGUGAGCAAUGUCUCAUUUCACGAACGGUUCCAGUUCACUCAAGGUAAAGGUCUGGUUAAAGAUGGCAAAGUUUUUAAUUUCGGAGGCCAUUUGAAUAAAGGCGAUAUCCUAUUUAAACUCGUACCACGUGCAUUUAAUGUAAACGAAGUAAAUCUCAGUCUUCAAAUCGACAGAGGAAAUAGUUUCGCUUUAUUUUUAAAUUAUUGCCUAUUGAAAUUGUGCGGAUUUACUUCUUUUGAUAAACCGAGUGCGAAAGAAUUAAUAGCCUUGGUGAUGUCGAAAAGUCGUGAAGAACUAUCCACCUUUCUGAGAGAAUUGGUCGUCUCUGAUGAAAAAGAUAUACACAAAUUCUCAUCGAGAAACUCGAGAGUGUUUGUUUUAUCGAAGACUCGAAAAGACUGUGAUGUUAAAACAUGUUUGCUUCUAACGAAUGCGAAAUGGUUCUCUGAAGAAACAGCAGUCGCAGUUCGUCAAACUAUAGCGAUGUUAGCGAAAUUAAUUCAAGUUGAAGAGUCGCUUUUGAGUAGGAUGGCUGUGAGAGUGAAUAGAUCUUACGAUAGCAGUAGAGAUUCCGAGCAAACUGAAUAUAUCUCCGAUCUUAUCGAAUUGCUGGACAAAAUCGUCGGUGAAAUUGCUCUUCAGAAAAAAUCCAAUCAAUUCGAAGGCGUUUAUUCUUCCAUAUUGUAUUUUUCUUAUAUAUUUUGUGCUCGUCAUAGCUCCAAUAUUUUAGGCGAUAGACAUAUAACUCAUCUGGCGAAUAUAUUGAAAAAAAUAUUAUUCUCGUUGCCUGGAUUUGUUGCUGUGCGAUAUAUUGUUAAUUUUUUAAACUCGAGUGCUCGGUUCGGUGUUUCUGAUCAAUUAUGUCACAGAUCAGCUGCUGAUACAUUUUCGGAGAAUUUCACUAGUUUUUCAUUUUCCCAAGAUACAUGUGCCCUUCAAGUAUUAUGCGCUCAUAUAGAAAUAAUCGAAAAGUCGCCUUAUUUUAUUAACGUAUUCACAACGUGGCUAGUCAAAAUGACCACUGCGUGUUCACGACGUAUCAGGUGGAUGGAAAAUCAAACCGAUCCUAAACUAUGCGAAUGUCUUCCAACUUUAGAGCAAAUAACGAUAAGAAUUAUGUUACAUUGCGUCGAAUGGAGUGAGGAUCGAAAUUUAACGUCGACGGAGAAAUUAUUGCUUAAUUCGUCUAUCAAACGAUGUCCUCGCAUAUUCAAACAAUUCAAAUGGCAAGAUGACCAGUUCCAUAUUCACAUAGCUAAUUGUUCCAUAGAAUACGAAAUGCUGCUAUUUCAUUUACUACAAAUCGUCAAAGACGAUGCUACCAAAACAUUUUUCACCGAAGAAGCGGAAUUGUUACGAAGUGAUAACAAAUUUCAACCACAUUCAAUCACGAAUAUUAGAAAUCAUAUUAAUUCUGUGCUCGGAUUUUCUCCUAUCAUCGAACUCGAGUCGUAUUAAAGAGAUUUACCUACAAA